AGACAAAUCUAUCAAUUCCGGAUUUUUGUUUAUACUUAUGACAGAUGACCUGCUUCCACGCUUGAUGUUUUGGUGAUUUUUUUGUGCAAUCAUUUGCAUUUGAAGAGCUCUAGCAAGCGAAAGGUCCUUUGUAAUCAGUGAAAAAGUGUAUUUCGGCCUACCGUCCGAUUUUUUUGGGUUAAGGUUGGCUUAGCCGUUUCAUAUUCGCCAUGACUCUUGGAACAUACAACAGACAUCAGGCCGAGAGAAAAAAGCAGGCGGCGCUGGCAGCUGCCUUCCCUCAAGGCAUUCGGUGCCAGAAGUGUUUGGAGUAUGGCCACUGGAGCUACGAGUGCAAGGGAAAACGCAAGAUCCUGGUGCGCCCCUCGCGCACCCAGGUGCUGAAGAAGAACCUAAAGGCGAAAGAUGAGGGACAAUGCAGCAAUGGAAGCUGCAAAAUACCGAACAAGAAGAAACGUGAGAACGAUUGCAAGGACUGCUCUGAGAAGAGUUCAUCGGAGAGUUCUUCAGAUUCUUCAUCGGGUGGAUCCAGCUCCUCGGAGAGCGACAGCAGCAGUGACUCUGAGAGCGACUCGGACAGCAGCAGCGGCUCUGGCUCGUGCAGCGAAUGCUAAAAAUAUUAGGCGGUAUGCGAGCAGGACGCUAAUACUUGAAAUGGAUAUUCAACAAUGUGAUGCACAUUUUAGUAUAAUUGCAUUAUUUGUAAGCAUUUUUUAUUAAUUUCUAUAUUGCAAGAAUAUGUUGAGUAAUAUUUUGUAAUGCGAACAAUUUCUAGUUUUAUUAUUUCUAAGGACUUUAAGAAUUUCAUAUAUUUUAAAUACUCUACUGGUAAUGUUUGACUACCUUCAUUUUAAUUUUAUAUUUACAUUCUUAUUUCUAUAUCUUUAUUUUAAUCAUUUUUUUUCUUUUCCUAUCUUCUUUACUCAUUGAAUUUUUUUCUCGAGUAUUAUUUUUGUGUGGCCAAGUAAUUCUUUUUAAUUUUUAUAAUUUUGUAAUGUGAAAGGUCAUCAAAUGACAAAUGAUUUUUCUUUUUCAAGUAUUAGCUGAAGAGUGUAUCAAUUACUUGACAAGUGGAAGUAAGAAUUGACCCAGGUAGGUACCGUUGUCAGCAGGUUUGAUAUAAUUUGGAUUAAUAGUGCUGGUCAUUUUAAAAUAUCUAGAUGUUUUAGUAGAAACUUCAUUAUAAAUGAUGUCACAUAGAUGUUUGUUCGUCUUUCACUUAAACCUGCAGGCAAACGACUGUAUAUGCCAACUGCUAGAAAUUAUUUUCUCGAAUACUACUGGCCCGAUCAGGUUACGCGAAAGGAACAUUGGCUUUAUUUGACCCAAAAAUUUAGGUGGGAUGAGUUGGCAAGUAUGGUCUCAGCUUUAGGAUAAGUUUUUAAAUGUAAUUUUUAAUGUUGUGAUUGUAUGUGUAUUUCUGGAUUCCAUAAGAUGUAAUAUGUAACUCUUAACUGUACUUAGUUUAGACCUAGACAACUUUUAGUGUAAGUGCCAAAACAUCUCUACGCGCGAUUGAAUUAUUCUACUGCAAUUCAAAACAUGUCACCAGCGAGAGUCAUGAGGCUAAUUAUCGUAUUUCUAACCCUUUGGUACUAACUUGGCACUAUAAUUUCACAAGGCUAGAGAUUAUUCAAAAUGUUUUUAGUGAGGACAUUAUUUUUCAAGUUAUUUUAAGUGAUUGAAUAUUUAUUUUCAUAUUUGAAGAAUGAUAUAGUUUAUGGUUGAUUUGCUUUGUAAAAAUUAGCUCUCAAUAAAUCUUAUUCUUGAAUUUUAGAAGUAGUAUAUCAUUUAGAUUUGUCAUAGACAUUAGAAAUAGAAUUUCGCAAGACUGUAUGUAAUAAAAAACAGUAUCUAUCUUAUUCCAGUGUUUCAUAGUUAAUUCACUUAGAGAUGUCAUGAAUUUUUAUAUAAAUAUUAAUUUUUAACUGGUA